GAGAGAGGGAGGGAAGCGUUGAGCAGUGUGAGAGUGAGUGAAGGACUAAAAAAGUCUGUAGAGAAAGAAAGGCUUUUUCUCUCAGACGUUAAUUUGUGUCAAAGUGGUGAAGAAGCUUCUAGACGCGGAGUUGUUGAGCGGGAACAGGAUGAGGCCGAGACGGAGCGAGCGACCGACCGGACAGUUGAAGUGACCCGGAGAACUUGUUGGAGGAGAGAAAGGCUUCCUGGCUGACUUCGCUCGGGACCCAUCUUUGUCGAUUCAUCUGUUUUCGCUUCGGCUUCAGAGUCAAAUUUAACGCUGCUGUUUACGAGACGACGACGCCGGAGCAGAGUGACCGCCUGAGACCGGCGGUAGGAGAGCGUCUCGGUCGGUUCUGGAGAGGAGAGAACCGGUGGUGAAGCGGAGAGGAGCGAGGGGAGAGGAGUGAGACACCGACGCUGCAGCUACAAAACUUUGUCGUGCGUGUUUUCGCAGUUUUCCAGGUUGGGAAGUAGAGGCAAAGAACGAGGCCGAGAAUCGCGACUGUUUCCUCCCAGAGUCAAGUCAGCAGAUUUGAUCCACUGUGGUGAACUUUAGCCGCACUGUGGCUCAGUGACGACGGCGUCCACAAUGAAGACACCGGGCGACACUGGCUUUGCUUUCCCAGAAUGGGCUUACAAGCCUGAAUCCAGCCCCGGCUCCAGGCAGAUUCAACUGUGGCACUUCAUCCUGGAGCUGCUGAGGAAGGAGGAGUACCAUGAUGUCAUCGCCUGGCAGGGCGACUACGGCGAGUUCGUCAUCAAGGACCCGGACGAGGUGGCCCGACUGUGGGGGGCCAGGAAGUGUAAACCCCAGAUGAACUACGACAAACUGAGCAGGGCACUGAGAUACUACUACAACAAGAGGAUUCUUCAUAAGACCAAGGGCAAGAGGUUCACCUACAAGUUCAACUUCAACAAACUGGUGCUGGUCAACUACCCCUACAUCGAGAUGGGCUCCUCUGGGAGCAGUGUCCCGCAGAGCGCUCCUCCCGUCCCCACGGGAGCCACCCACUUCCGCUUCCCUCCGUCCACCCCCUCCGAGGUUCUGUCCCCUAAUGAGGACCUGCGCAGCCCGGGUGGUGAGGACCUGCGCAGCCCGGGUGGUAUGUUCAGCUCUGUGGCCCGGAGAAUGGGCCGCGGCUCGGUCAGCGACUGCAGCGACGGCACGUCUGUCAACUCAGAGAUCGAGGACGGAAACACAGGGGCAGGAGAGGAGAGGGGGGAGAGGGUUGUGAGCGGAGGAGGGGGGGGAGGCUACAGGAGCAUCAUACAUCCUCGUCUCUCCCACGAAGCCUUGUUCCGCAUGUACGGGGGAGGGAACCCCGCGGGACACCCGGGCUCCCGUGGACCUGCUGGACACCGCAUCCACCCGGAACCUCUGUCCCCCUUCCCUGUGUCCCCCCUGCCGGGACCAGGGGGCCCCGGUCUCCUGGCCCCUCCCCUGUCCCCGGCCCUCUCCAUGACCCCGACGUCUCACCUCACCUACACUCCCUCACCCACCCUGUCUCCCAUGUUGGGCUCCCACUUCUCCUUUAACCCCGAGGACAUGAAGCGGUACCUGCGCGCCCACACCCAGUCGGUGUACAACUACGGCCUGAGCCCCAGAGCGUUCCUCCAGUACCCCAACAUCGUCAUCCCGCAGCCCCACCGUCCGGCCGCAGACAAGACGGAGCUGAGCGUGGAGCGAGGAGCGGCCACGGCGGGGGGAGCAGAGAGGGCGGGGGAGCGCCACCACCACCCGUCCUUAGCUCACUCCACGCACCACCACCCACACCCGCCUCACUCCACUCACACCCAUUCCCACCCCAUGCAUCACCCGCUGCAUCUGGGCGAGGAGCCCCCGCACAUGUCUCCGUUCAAGUUCAAGCUGCAGCCCCCGCCUCUGGGGAAGAAGCAGCGGGAGACCCAGAGUCAGAACAAACCCCGGCAGAGCUCCCUGUCCUCGGGGUCAGGGUCCAUGUCGUCCACCUCAGGACUCGGGUCUUCGCUGUCGUUCGGCAGCGACCUGAGCUCGGCCGGCGGUUCAGGCGUCGUCUCUGCCUCGUCCUCCACCCAGUCUCUGAACAGCGCUGGACUUCCCAAGAUCAAGGUGGAGCCCAUCUCUGACAUCGAGUCGGAGGAGGAGGUGGAGGUGACAGACAUCAGUGAUGAAGACCCAGACGAGAGAGAUGAAGAUUACGAGUUCUUCUCCCCCCAGCACUCCAGAGGGACCGAUCUUCACCAUCAUCACGUUGCCAACGGCACAACCACAUCCCAGCACCACCCCCCCCCUGACGAGGACCUGGAGGAGGACGUGUUCAAAGCCCCCGCUCCGCCUCUGCCCACGCCCUUCCUCUCAUCACAGCACAUUCACUCCAGCUCUCUUCGUGGCCCGCCCACCCUCAAAACUGAACCCACCGACCCGGGGGAGAGCAGCACCCCCCCACCUCAGACCAAGUGCAUCCCCCUGAAGUUGCGCUUCAAGAGGCGUUGGACCGAGGACCAGCGCAUGGAGGCCUCGCAGGAAGAGUCGGACGACAAGAAGGUCCGGCCUGAGGAGGAGAGAGAGAGAGAGAGGGAGAGAGAGAGGGAGAGAGAGAGGCAAAGGAAUGGACGGAUGGAGACGGAGGAGGACGGGGCGGGCAGCGGAGACGGAGACAGUCCUCCCCCGCUGGUGUACGAGGGUUCUUUAGCGCCACCUGUGACCACUCAGCGGAGGGUGAGCGCAGAGCUGCAUCGUGCCACUGCUCAACUGUCCCUGGAAAACAAAGACUGCUGACGUGCAGGGAGAACACCAGUGUUGGGGGGGGGUAAAUGCUCCCCCUGUCGUCUCCCCCCGCCCCCCCCUCCCACACUGACUGAAUAGACUCCCCCACAGCACUGAACAAUAACAGGUGAAGCCUGGUUCUCUGUCUGGAUCCCAGCUUUUCUGGAACACAUCCUGAGGGAAGAGGGACUCCGUCAGACGUUCCUGACGUUCCUGACGUUCCCGACGUUCCUGACGCAGCGACUGCAUCACUUGGUUGUGGGCGUGGACUGACACGAGGCGGGCUGUAGGAACUUAGCAGAACAGUGAUGUCAUGACCGCCCCCCCCCCGUUUGCUAACGUUGCCAAAGUGUUGGAGCUGUGGUGUCCACUGGGUCCAGUCUUGUUCAGUGCUGACACACGCUGGCUGCAGGUGGUAUGACAGGAGGAGCUCAACUCUCCUGAAAACAGUACAAUAACUGAGCAGCGUUUCAUCAAAAUAAAU